AUGACAAUAAUAACAUUAUCAUUUCUUGUUCCAGACUUGGCGGCGAUAAGGCAGUUGUUAGAGAGCGAAACUGGAGGCACAACAUGUCCUAGCUGUAACAUGCCCUUUGACAAGGGCAAAAAGAGAAAACUCAUCGAUACCUGCGGGCAUGAGCGCUGCUAUUCGUGCAUGUUCAGGAACGAAGCUUGUCCAUCGUGUGCGAGGAGCAACCAGAGUCAGAGGCGACCAGUAAUGGAGCGGUACACGCCAUCGCCGCAACGGCAGGAGCCGGACUGGCAGUCACCUCUGCGUCUGCCUAAACCGCCGAAACAGCCGUCUAACUUGGCACAGAGCUGUCCAACACCACCGCAUACUAGAAGAAGAUUCUUCCUAAGUCCUAAGUCUCUGCGCAGUCCAUUCGGACAUCGCGCGCGCCAUUCGCACGACAACCACGUGCCUCUCUCCGACGAUGAAGGCGGCCACAUCAAGCAGGGUUACGAGUCGCGCCGACAGAAUGACCUGUACAUGCGUCUUGGCCUGCUCCUUGGUGAGCGCCGAGGCUCCAGGAACAAGGCUAGAGAUAGCUGCACAUCUCUUGCGUCACUUGAUGCUCAUACCUUGGCGUCACAUAACACUAGCCCUGUAUCAACUCUCACCGGAUCCUCAGAAGUGGAAGUGGCGACGCCCCUAGGUCGUGAAUCUCUGGGUUCUCUAGCUUCCAUGUCACUGUCUGCGGCCAGCAACUGUUCUUCUUCAAGUCCUGGUAGCAGGCGGCAUUCUGUUAACACACUCCAAAGUGGUAGAUCUGACGAACUUACUCGGAUGUCAAGCGGUUUCUUCAAGACGAGGAAAACAGCUGCGAGACGAUCCGCCAGGGUUAACAGCAAGCAAUCCUCUACAUCGUCAGAAAUCAAGAAAAUUCACCCGUCACCGCAGCUAACGUUACGGCCCUUAUUCUUCGAAGUACCUUCAACAGACAACCAGUCUUACUUCUCCGGCCGACAGUGGCUCAUGAGAGACAUGGAGAAGUCUUUGGACUCUAGUUCUGCUGGUGUCCUGAUAUCUGGUUGUCCCGGCACUGGAAAGACAGCAUUGAUAUUAGAAUUGGUAGAGUACUCCUGCUUUGGUAGAAAGAGAAACUGUGAGUACGAAGAGCUGAGGGAACAGUCAGACAUCAGAGAGUUGCUCCCCGAAGAGUUAACUAUUGGAAUGUUCACCCACCUGGCCUCGCAUGUCGUCGCUUAUCAUUUUUGUCAGGCCGAUAACAACAGCACUUGCCUCGUGGGUGAAUUCGUCCAUUCUCUCGCAGCACAACUGUGUCAGGCACCAAGGCUACAAGCUUAUAGAGAAUACCUCCUGAGUGAACCACAUCUUUUAGCAUGUCUAUCUCUAAAGGAAUGUAUCGCAGACCCAGAUUUAGCUUUCAUGAGAGGCAUUAUAGAACCAUUGAUCUUCUUGAGAAGAAACGGAACUAUAGAUUCAGCUAACAGCAUCAUUUUAGUGGAUGGGCUUUGCGAGGCUGAAUAUCAUAGGCCUGAUCACGGUCACACUCUUGCAUCCUUCUUAGGCCGGCACAUUGCAGAAAUGCCAACAUGGUUAAAAGUUGUAGCGACUGUGAGAACGCAAUUUUUGGAACUCACAAAACAGUUGCCUUAUACAAGACUGAGUCUUGAUGAGUCUGAUAACGUCCACAAAGAUCUCUUGGAGUAUUUCAACGUGAGGCUGCAAGCAGCACCAAUCAUAGAAACCAAUAUUAAAUGCUCUACUGGCAAGUCUGAAGGAGUUCAUAAUUCUGUCAUGAAAUUCGCUCAAUACGUUCUCCACUUAAGCCAAGGCUCAUUUUUGUUCCUAAAAUUAAUUCUUGACUUGCUGGAAAAGAGUCAUAUUGUUGUAAAAUCGACCAAUUACAAAGUAGUGCCAAUAUCGUUAGCGCAAAUAUUCUUGUUGCAAUUUAAUCUCAGAUUCCCUACAGUGCAAUCGUUUGAGAAAGUCACCCAUAUUUUAAGCGUCUGCUUAGCAGCUCUCUAUCCUUUAACUUUAGUAGAGAUAUACUACUCCGUCAAUUCGUUACUGGUCAAUACAUUCUUACCAUGGGAAGAAUUCUGCCACAGAUUUGAAUCGCUGACAGACUUUCUGGUUAAGAGAAUAGAUAAUACCUAUAUGUUCUUCCAUCCAUCCUUUAGGGAAUGGUUAAUAAGAAGAGAUGACAACGAAAGCCCAAAAUUCUUGUGUGAUCUAAGGGCAGGACAUUGUGGUAUUGCAUUUAGAUUAUCCAGAGUACAAGCACCGUUAGAUUCAGAAAAGUCGAUGGAGCUUGGACAUCAUAUUUUGAAAGCUCAUAUGUACAGAAACAUGGGUCCAGCCCAAUUGGGUCUAUGCCCUAGGGAUUUACAAGCAAUGCUAGUUGCCACCAGCUCAGCCAAUGUUGGUGAGGCAAUUGCAAACUUACGGAAUAUUUACACACCGAAUGUAAAAGUUUCUCGGCUAAUGCUUUUGGCUGGAGGUUCUCCUAACCAAAUUACAGAAUGUCUUGGAAAUGCACCAUUACUGUGUAUGUAUUCUUAUCAAGGAAUAAUAGCAUUGGUGGGGCUCCUAAUUGAAUUUGGUGCUGAUUUGGAAAUGACUAACUCUCAAGGUUGCACCGCUUUGUCUCUGGCAUGUCAGAGAGGACAUACUGAUGUUGCAAGGAGACUUAUUGCUGCAGGUGCAUCUCUGAGUCAUACAGAUACUGCAGAACAAACUCCACUAGUACACGCAGCCAAGAAUGGCCACAGAGACACAGUCAUUUACCUGCUUGGUUGUCAAACCGGAAGAGACGACAGGAAUUCCUUAGACAUUGAUGAUGAUAAUAUCGAGCAGCUGGUACCGGGAUCCAGACAUGCACUGAUAGCAGCUGCCCAAAAUGGUCAUUUAGAUAUUGUUGAAUAUUUGCUGGAUACCGCAGAGUUAAUCCCUGACGGCAUCUGCCCAGUAACAGGUGAAACAGCUCUCACAGCUGCUUGUUCACAAGGCAAUGCUGCGAUAGCUGAUGCUCUACUUAUCCGAGGCGCCACCCCAUACUCCUUGAACGCCAGACAGCUAUCACCUCUAGCAUUAGCAGCUAAAAAUGGAAGAUCUGCUUUAGUACUCCGGCUAUUAGAUUCUGGUGCAGAUGUGAUGGGAUCAGGAGGAAAGAUCCCCCUUAUUCUGGCAGCGGCUGAAGGUCAUGUUGAUGUCGUUGAAAUGCUGUUAGAGCAAGGUGCUGAUCCCGAUGCAGUGGAUGGCGAUGGUAUAUCACCAUUAGGCUGGGCAUGUCUCAGAUCCAGAAUACCCACAAUCAUGGUAUUACUCGAUAAAGGAGCUACAAUUGAUCAACCGGACGGUAAUGGUAGAACGCCUUUAGGUCUGGCUUGUGGAGGCCCGGCAGAACUGGUUGACAUAUUAUUAGAAAGAGGUGCUUCUUUAGAGAGAGUAGAUCACAGUGGACUGAGGCCUUUAGAUAGAGCUAUUGGACAGCGUAAUGUUCCCGUCGUAAAUUGCUUCCUCAGAAAAGGAGCAAAGCUUGGGCCGACCACAUGGGUUAUGGCUUCAGGCAAACCAGAAUUUAUGCUAAUACUGCUAAAUAAGUUGCUAGAAGACGGAAACAUGCUAUACCGAAAGAACCGACCAUCAGAAGCCGCUCACCGCUACCAAUACGCACUGAAAAAGAUCAAUCCGCUAAUCAGUGAUGAAGGGUUAACAACCCCUACAACACAGCCGGAGCCGUCAGAAGCUUUAGACUUAGCGGCGCGUGCAUCAGUGCUUCGCCCAAAUGCAUUUGAGUGCGCAUACGCCAUGUCCCGCGCCAUACUUGCACUAAACAAACCUUCAGAAGCUCUGCCUCACGCUAGAAGAGCACUACUCCUCGCUCCAUCCAACGAUAUGUCCGCUAUGCGAACUUUGAAGGCCUUGCAACAAGAGAUUUUGACAAGGAUCAAUACUGGGUCCCACGGUUUAAACAGUGACUCGAGAUCUCUGAGAAAUUUUGAUACUAUCAGUCUCAAUAUGCCCUAA